AUGACGCUUUUGCUUCAGUCAAAAGACUCGCCCAGAGGUGUGCCUCUAACGGAUACAGAGGUCUCAUGGAUGGCUGCAGUAGCUUACUUAACGUGUAUACCUGGAAACUUUUUAAUGGCUUUCUUUGGGGAUACGUUCGGAAGAAAAGUUACGUUAAUUUUUAUAUCAGCAACAGGAGCUGCUAGUUGGAUUCUUUUACUGUCAUCAAUGGAAGUUUGGAGUCUUAUUCUGGCACGGGCUCUUGUAGGUAUAAAUAUGUCAGGAUGCUACGUUACUUGUCCAAUUUAUACCAAAGAGAUUAGUGAUGACAGCAUAAGAGGAGCUCUUGGAUGUUUGAUUAUCUUAUUUCAUACUACGGGUAAUUUAUUUCUCUACAUAGCAGGAGACUUCUUGAGUUAUCGAACGAUUCUUUGGGUUUGCUUAGCUAUUCCAACGUUUCAUUUAAUAUUAUUUAUGAUGAUGCCUGAAACCCCUUCCUAUUUAGUGAAACGAGGAAAGACUGCGGCAGCUAUGAGAGUUUUAGCUUGGCUCAGAUGCAAAAAAGAAGAUGAUAUUACCAUUAAAAAUGAACUUGAUGUUAUAAAAAAAGAACAAGAAAAAGAUAAAGAAGCAAAUCACUUUCUUAUAAAAGGCAUAGUUAAAGAUAAGAUACUUUUUAAAGCUUUUCAUAUAGCAAUGAUGGUAACUCUUGCCAGAGAAGUGUGUGGUGCAGUACCAGUCCUAAAUUUUGCUGCAGAGAUAUUCUCUCUUGCGUCCAAUAAUUCAAGUAUACUUUUAAGUCCGAAUCAACAAGCGAUGGUGCUCGGAGCCGUGCAAGUAACAGGUUCAAUGCUUGCCUCUCUUGUCGUCGAUAAGGUUGGAAGAAAGGUAUUACUAUCAGUAACAUCCCUAAUUUCUGGUCUCAGUAUGUGCACUCUAGCAUCUUGGUUUGUGGCACGAGACUACGGAGCUAAUACACCAAACUGGGUUCCCGUUAUGACGCUGUGUCUGUGUAUUUUCUGUGAUUCUUGUGGUUUACAGCCCAUAUCUGUUGUUAUUGCUGGAGAGAUUUUUUCAUUUAAGCAUCGAGGGACAGUAAUGGCGGUAACGAUGUCGACUGCAUCUCUUGCUGAUUUUCUACAGCUUUUGUUUUUCAAACCCCUGACUAACUCUAUUGGUAUACACGUAGCUUUUUACUUCUUUGGUAUAAUAUGUUUAUUAAUGGCACUAUAUGUAGUUAUUGUGAUACCAGAAACCAAAGGAAGAAGCUUAGAACACAUUUAUAGAACAAUUUAUAAUCGUAAAAGAAUCGUAAAUGAAAGCUCCAACUAAAUUUUUGUACUAUAUUAUUAAAUUAUAAAUUUA